AUGGCAGACGCUCGUGGUGACGCCGGCGCAGCGGACGGAGAUGUAGUGGAGUUGCAGGGCGCAGUGACCAUGGAUGAAGUGAAGGACGUUGGCGGCGUCCACGGUGGUGCGGGUCAACUCGCAACCGCUGCGGAUGUGGAGAAAGAGGUGGCGGGCUCCACCUCAGCACUGCCAGAGAAGAUGGCGACGGCGUCGAGCGGCACAGUCCAUCCUGAUGCACAGCCUGGCGAGGAGCAGGAGGAGGAUGAUGGUUGGGGGAAUAAGAGGAAGCUGGACCUUACCGGGUUCAAGGACCCGUACGAUCCAGGGUAUAGUGACGACGAAGAGUAUGAGUAUGUCUCUGGAGAAGAUGUGGAUGUGGACGAUGGCAACUUCGUGUCCUUCAAAGCGAAGGAAGAGGAGAAGAUUAGGGCCAAGGGAUAUGAUUACUACUACAAGCGCAAGACCAACAUUUGGCGCUGCCCCUACUGCACCACCAAGCGAAAGCCAAAGUCCGGCCGCUUUGUUCACCUUGUAGCUCAUGUAGAAGAUGUAGCCAUCCAUGGCGAGGACUACAAGAUCAGGGGGCAUGCUGCCCUCGUGAAAGUCCUGACUCCCCGGUGA